AUGGAGCAAAAUCCGUAUGCUGAAUUUUUUACACAACUCAAACACCAUUCAAGUUUUGAGAACAUAGUAAUACGCAUAGCUGCAAAUGCUUCUUUAGAUCAACGGGUGUAUUACAAACCUUCGGUGGAUCAAGUUGCAGCAAUUUGGGUUGAUGGAAACAAUCCAAAUAUCCUGUUUGAAAGAGAUAUUGUAGUACACGAACAUUCUGGGAACAAACAUCGAGUAAAACAUUAUUAUGGUUGUUAUGAUCCUUUACAAUAUCCAUUGAUUCUACCCAAUGGCAAAGGAGAUUGGCAUCAAGGAAUAGUGAAAUCACGCAAUCCAAAUAUCGGCAGUACUACAGAUGCAACAACAAGUGCCAAUAUAUGCCCUCGAUCAUAUGCCAGUGCAACAGAGGUUUUGAACAAUGAAGAACAAGGUGUACGCCGCGAAAAAACAAUUGCGUUUCCUGCAGAGAGUACUACUGCUAUAAACUACAAAUUCGAACAAUCAAAUUACAGAAGAGAGAUAUUACAAGGUAUCGUUGAUAGUGUUACGUCAGGAAAAUGUAGAGGAGAGAAUGUUGGUCAGAGGGUCUUACUGCCAGGAUCAUUCAUUGGAGGCCCUAGGGAUAUGCGACGACACUAUAUGGAUGCUAUGGCUCUGGUUCAAGAGUUUGGAAGACCAGAUCUAUUUAUCACCAUGACGUGUAACCUUGAAUGGACAGAGAUUCAAGAACAACUAUGUGUGGGGCAAGUCGCUCAAGAUCGGCCAGAUUUGGUGACCAGAGUGUUUAGAGCAAAAUUACAGGACCUAAAAGACCAAAUAUUUAAAAAGGAGAUUUUUGGCCCUACGGCAGCACAUGUUUUUGUGGUUGAAUUCUAG